CUCAACUCAACCCCUUAUCUCGUCAAGUUCACUUCAAUAUAUCCGCCCUACACACCAUGGCCGUAGCUCCAAAAUUCGCAGCUCAUGUCCUGGGCAGUGUCGCACAUCCCGUUCACACUCUCGAGAUCUAUCUCGACUACGUCUGCCCGUUUUCUGCAAAACUCUUCAAGCGAGUGUACAACGACGUGAAACCAAUUAUCGACUCUAAAUUCCCCAACAAAGUCCAAAUCAUCUUCAGACAACAGGUCCAGCCAUGGCAUCCUAGUUCCACGCUCACCCACGAGGCAGCGCUCGCCGUGGAACGAGUCCACCCGGGUUCCUUUUGGAAGUACUCUGCUGCCAUCUUCGAGAACCAGGUCGACUUCUUCGACGUCAACGUCGUUAACGAAACAAGAAACGCGACUUACAAGCGUCUCUCUGCCCUGGCUGCUCCCCUGGGUGUUGACGAGCAACAAGUCUACAGACUCUUGGCGGUCGCCGACAAGCCCGUCAACGGCGCAUAUAACUCCGGUAACCAGGUCACGAACGACUUGAAGCUGCACGUCAAAGCCGCGAGGUUGGUUGGUGUGCACGUUAGCCCUACCGUCAUCUUUGACGGGAUUAUGGAUAAUUCGAUUUCGUCCGGCUGGGAUGUUGACCAGUGGGGGGAGUGGUUGGUGAAGAAUGUUGUUUGAGCGGCGGUGAUCCACACAACGUACCGUGGUGUAUAAGGCCUGGAGCGGUGAUGGUUGGAGUAGGCACCUGUGCUAGUCUGCUCGGAUUGCAUGGCCACAACUCCGAUCUGUUGAUAGCACACAUCUCAAUUGAUGGAAUAAUAUACAACUC